AUGGCUGCGAUCACGAUUAGCUACGUCCUGCAUCCACCCACAGACAGCAAAUCACUACCUGCCGACUCUGGUCGUUCCGAACAAAGCUCGGAUUAUCCUUCGGGGCUCACGGCGUCCAGAGCCUAUUCCUUUCCCGUGGUGAUCGCAGCGUCAUCAAACAAUACAACUGCUUACUAUUCCUCUCUGCGGCAAACACUGCUGGAGGCGAAAAACAUCGCUGGGAAGGAGCUGACAGAGUGGAAGGAUGUGGUAGGGAACAGGGAACUAUGGAGGGCUGCUGCUGAUGACGAAGAUGACGACGAGGAGGAAAGCUCGUAGACCAUGAAAUUGUAGGUUGUGCUACGAAAACCUGAGUUCCGAAAUCGCCUACUGUGUACUAUGCUCAACCCUCCGGUUCGGCGUGACUAUAACAGUGGUGUAUACGUUCCUCGAACGGAACACGCAUGUCCGCUUUGUAUGUUCAAGUAGGGAUGUAUACUUGAUGUGUACGUAUGCACAAGAUCAUCGGUUGCGUAUAUCGAAGUGUGGCAAUCAG